GACUCGCUGAAAGGAGAGGCUUGGCUCAUGGACAUGCGCACAGCACAGUGGAACAUGGCGGCCUGCUGCUGCAUCAGUACUCGAGUGAGCUAGCGAAACCAAGUAGGCUAGCAGCAUUGGUCUCUGUUUGUACUAAGACAUUAAAGUGGUGGCUCCUGGAAAAGGAGAGAAUAGAACCAAGCAGUCACUAUGGGAAGACCAUCAGCAAAAGACCAGAAAGAUGCCAAAAAGGAAAAAACAGGAAAAAAUUAUGCUUCUAGUCUGUCCCCAAAUAAAGUUUCAGAAAGCUUCAAUUGGGAUAAAUAUUUAAAGGAAACCGGAGCAGUUGCUGCCCCUUCUCACUGUUUUAAACAGUCUAGGAACCCACCUAGCAAUGAUUUUAAAUUAGGCAUGAAGCUAGAGGCACAUGACCCACGCAACUUUACCUCUGUCUGUAUUGCAACCGUCAUGGGAGUAACAGGUGCCAGGCUUCGGCUCAGACUUGAUGGCAGCGACAACAAGAAUGAUUUCUGGAGACUGGUGGACUCAUCUGACAUCCAACCAAUAGGAACUUGUGAGAGAAAUGGUGGAAUGUUACAGCCGCCUCUAGGAUUUCGGAUGAAUGCAUCUUCAUGGCCAAUGUUUCUUCUGAGGACACUAAGUGGAGCAGAAAUGGCUCCUUCAAGUGCUUUUAAAAAGGAACCUCCUAAACCCUCACAUAACAAUUUUAAGACUGGAGUGAAGUUGGAGGCCGUGGAUCGAAAAAAUCCCUAUUUAAUAUGUCCAGCUACAAUUGGUGAAGUUAAAGGCGAUGAAAUCUUUGUCAUGUUUGAUGGCUGGAGAGGUGCAUUUGACUAUUGGUGCAAAUACGAUUCCCGAGACAUUUUCCCUGUAGGAUGGUGCUCUUUGACCAAACACUGUCUGCAACCGCCUGGAAACAGUGUAAAUAAUCCAAAGACUGCCUCAGCGCCUGUUUCUUCCCCUUUGAAGACCACCAGGCGUUCCAUGCAGUCACUGCAAAAACCUGUUACCCUUCCACCUGCCCUCCCGGUCAGGAAAGGGGUUCGGGGACGACGACCCAAAAGCCAAACUGCUGCCUUAAUAAAGGCAAGUGCAGCAGUGCAAAGAAACUCUUCUGUUCAGAGUUCUUCUGUCAAAACUACCUCAAAUAUAGAGAAGACUAUACCGAAAAAGAAAGGUCCAAAACCUGGCAGCAAGAGGAAACCUAGGAUAGUUCACAAUCCAGUCUCUGCUGCUGUUCCAACUGCAUCUUUGGAGGCAAAGUUAAACAGUACUCAGUUACCAAAGGAAAACUCUAAUCAUCCCAGCUUGAAUACAGUCAUGUCAACAGUGUGUGUCUAUGUAAAUAAGCAUGGAAACUGUGGACCUCACCUGGAUAGGAAAUGUGUUCAACAACUUCCUGAUCAUUUUGGGCCAGGCCCAGUUAAUGUAGUACUACAGCAAGCAGUUCAAGCAUGCGUAGACUGUGCCUACCAACACAAAAUUGUGUUCAACCUUCUCAAGGCAGGACCCCAUGGUGGUGAAGUUAUUACAGCCAUUUUUGAUGGAGGAAAGCAUUUGGUGCAGCUGCCGUCAGUGACUAGUGCGUCAUAUGUUCUGCGCUUUCUGGAGAAGCUGUGUCACAGUUUGCAGUGUGAGAACCUUUUUAGCAGCCAGCCAUUUAGCCCUUAUUUAGGGGGAAGUCAGAGCCAUGCAGAGUUUGAAAGGAGUAAAUCAGUAAAAGAGGAAGCAAAUGAACCUUCAGCAAUAAACAGAGGUGUAAAACGAUUCCCUAAAGAUUCCCCUCCAUAUACUGCACCUCUGUCACCCAAGCUACCAAGAGCUGAAGUUCACCCUUCAGAAGCAGAGACAUUGCCUCUUGAAGAAAAUGGCCUCCCUAAAGAACACAGAUUUCCUGAAGAUUCAAUGGAUUCAGCCUCAAACUCAAUGAGUCCACGAUCACCUUCUUUAAGGAGCCCCAUUGAUUACAGAAAUGCUGCUAGUUCUCCAUUCUAUAGAAGUUCCCAUAUGCCAGUUGGGGCGGCAGCGAGUUCUGCCAUUAGCCAGCCAUUGAGGCGUAUCUCCUCAUCCCCGAGUACAGCAGGGAGUGCAAGUUAUCAUGAGGUUAAUAACCGCUUGCAGAGAAGAGUGGAAGCUGCAAGUUCCACAACAGGACCCGAUGUACAUUUGGCAGACAGAGAGACGUCCAGGAUGUCUAGUAAAAACCCAUCAUCUUGGUCCAUUGAAGAAGUAAUGCAGUUUGUGAGAGAUGCAGAUCCCCAGUCCCUAGGACCCCAUGCAGAGCUCUUUAAAAAACAUGAAAUUGACGGCAAAGCACUGAUGCUGCUUAGAAGUGACAUGAUAAUGAAGUACAUGGGACUGAAGCUGGGCCCAGCCCUCAAACUCUGUUAUCACAUUGAAAGACUAAAGCAAGGCAAGUACUAAGCACAAGGAGUACUCUUGCCCAGUCAUGAUGAGCCUGCACCAUUAUUUUCUUUGUACUAAAUGAGAGGAUCUCCAGAAGUCCGGGAGGAUUAUUCCAUUUUAAUUAACAGAAAAAAAGACUUUUUGGUACUGAGUGCUUUGCACUUUCUUGUAUUGCAUAGUCUUUGUAGGCUGCGUUUUAUAGUAGACCACAGUACCUCUCUUUGAAGGAAUGUUAUUUUUACUACUCAAAAAGAUGUAUUUCCAUAUAAACAAUACCAACUCAGCUGAAUUCCAAAGGAUUUACUUAUUUUGUUUACGGUGCAUAAACAACAUUAAUACUUUAUAAGAAGUUUCAGGCUAAUACAGUAAUUUCGAUUUUCACCUUGUUGGUGGAAUGAAACAGUUCAUCCAUUAACAAGUUUAUACAAUAUUAUUAACUAAAAUGAAUUGUUUUUAACAUACUUUUUGACAUUAGCUGGAGUUCUUUUUUAUGUCAAAUCAUACAAUGUAAAAUAACCUAAAAACUCUUUUAUUGUUAAUUGUUUUUAUACAUCUGUUGUCUACAAAAAAAAGAUAUAUAAUUGAAAGAAUGUUUUUGUUGUAAUAUAAUUGUAUGUUUUAAUCUGAAAUUUUCAGCAGCAUGCUGAAAUGAAAUAAAGAUUUAUGCUUAGACAUCAUGUGCAAAGUAAUACAAAGCAGGUUGGCAUGAUGAUCACGUAUUUUCUAAAACAAACAAAGAACAUCUGGCUGUUUAUAGCAAGUUAUCAUAACUCCAUUUCACUAUGGUGAUUUAAAAAAAAAAGUUUCAGAGCCUCGCUAGUAAAAGAAGGAGCAGAAAUUGAAGCUCAGCUCUCAAUGCACUUUUAUUUCUUUUCCAGCAUCUAAGUCUCUUUGUAAAUGUGAAUUAUUUUACAAAUUAAAUUGUUCUACUUAUUUAUCUAGGCAUGAAUAGAUUUUGUUGACAAAUUAUUAGCUAUGCCAUGAAAACACCACCAAAUAUAAAACGAUAAAUAAAUAAAAUUGCCAUAUUGAGAGUUGAGCACUAAGAAAGAGCGCUCUUUUUCUGGCUUGGCAAAUAAAGCCCACUGCCGUGAAGUGGAGUUGCACAGGUUUAUAACCUUUUUCAACUUAAUUUCUUACUUGAUGGUUCCUAAACACCUUAAAUUGGGUCAUUUCACACUUCUUACCUGACACUUUGUUGCUGGUAAAUAUGCUGUUAUCAUGCUGACCUGUCUUUUCUACCUGGGGAUUAGGCAUUUUUAUCUUGCCACAUUUUUAACUUGUAUAGUAGCGUGAUAAUCAUUUGGCUUUUAUACAGUUUACAUUUCAGUACCAUUAAAUAGUCAUAGUUUUGGUGUUUUGUUUUUAAUGUUUUUUUGGGUUUGUCCUUUGGUUUAACAUUAUGCUUCAGGGACAAGAAUGUACAUUUUGUAGAAAAUAAAUAUUUUAAGCUAAAUGUAUAAAAUAUAUUAAAUAUUGUUCCAUGUUACUGGAGCACAGCUUUAGAAAGAGCUGUAGUGUUUAUUACUCCUUUUUAUACUAAAUAAGACAUCAGAAUGCAUUCAUUUUAAAGGAGAAUACUAUUCCUUAAAACUACUUGACUGAAAAUUGCCUUGUUUAAUGUUAUUGUUACUAUUUCUCAGGUUUCAGCACACUUCGCUUAAAAUGUCAAGCCUUUUCUUCCUAAUGCCUAUGCUUUUUUUACGCUGUUGUGCUUGCUGUGAGACUUUCUGAUUUCAGCAACUUUUGUUUGCUUUCCAAUCCCCUUAUAUGGUCCUUUUGUUUAUUGUGCCAUACAAAGAAUUGCAUAUCAUCAUGUUUUAUAUGCAGUAAUCACAUGAACUGGUCCUAUAAGAAUUGCUCUAUAUUAAGUCUAGUAAGCAUCCACUGUUAUCUAUGAUUUGUUCAGACAGGUAAUGUAUAGUGUCUUUUUAGAUCUUGUAUUUUUAUAAGGAUAUUUGAAUAGUGAGAAGGUGUAGAAGUUCCUUUUUUUGAUUAUGGGAGAGUUCUGUUGAAGUAUUCAUAAUAAUAAAAUGUGACACUGCUUUUUCUAUGUUAAAAAGGGACCACUGCAAUUGUUACUGUAAAUAGAAUUAUACAGUAAAUGGAUACUCUGCUCAGGAAA